AUGGACUUGACCCCGUCUGACCCGCAGGCCCUCUGGAAGCCCCCCAGGAGGAGAGGGACCUCCCUGCCCCUGAGACCGCUGGUGGAGGAGCGCCGAGGAGCCAGCACCCCGGGUCAUCUGCUGGACUCUAAAAACGACGCCGAACUCAAACGUAACGGCCGGAUCGAAGUGGCGCCUUCGGAGCUUCACUUCAGCGGGUUUGAGCUCGGGAAGAAAUACGUUCAAGUCCUGAAAAUCAUCAACAUCUCAUGUGAAGCCGUGAAUUUUCACAUAAUUCCAACCCAAACGAGAUACUUCCAGACGACGUACACCAGGAAGAAUCGACUCAUCCCGGGCCUCGACCUCACCGUGAAGGUCACAUUCUGUCCCGACAAGUGGCGCCACUUCAACGACUGCAUCCGUGUUCGCUGCAAGGACGAGGACGACGGGUUAGUUCCAAUUCAUGGCUACCCUGUCAUCGACGACCUGCACAUCCCUCCUCGUAUUGACCUGCCGGCUGUCCCGCUUGGACAGAGUUAUUGUCAGGUCAUUCGUAUGAGAAGCAGCUGUCCGGUCGACUUUGAGUUUCAGCUGUUUGUUAUUCAGCAACACGAGGCCUUCUCGCUCCACCCCCUCAAAGGUGUGAUUUCAGCCAGUGGCAAAGCGAAGAUCAGUGUGACCUUUACCCCCCAACAAUACGAGACGUCUCACUUCACCUUCCAGCUGGUCGUUUCACAGUUCAACACCAAGCCGUACCUGUGCACCGUCACCGGGAGCUCCUGGCCUCACUUAGCCCUCAGCCAGCUGGAAGCGAGCCCAGGACUUGCAGGAGACAAAAGACUCCCGCCUAUUGCCAAACGGUCUCCUCGACGUAAAAGCAUUCCACGUUCAAGCAAAGAUGCAGACAAUCUCAAGAAAGAUCAGAGCGACGUUGGCCACCGACCAACGCCUCCAGCGGACAUCUUUACUCAUGCAGGGGUGGCUAAGAUGCUCAUCAAAGACGUGAAUAAACCCUCUUCAAAACACCUGAAGCAAGCCUUACCGAGCGUCAGCACGACGGGACCGCAAAGCCGGCAGAUGAAAGAGGCGCUCUUCGUAAAAAAGCUUCAACAGUUCGAGAAGGAGGAAGAAGCCAGCCGCCUUCGCUGGCAGGUCCGUCUGGGCUCGGACCCCAUGUCUGAAGAAACCCGGCUGCGGACACUGGCAGAAAGAACGUCUCAGCACGAGUGCACGGUCAAAGAAGAAGCUGAGAAAGUGGCCGAGGCCUUCGCUUCCCUAACGACCAAACUCUCCUCGACACGAGUUAUUCGAGACGUCGGACAGCCCCCUGACGGAGUCCCAUCCUUCCAGCGCUACACCAGUAUUUCGUGGGAGCAGAAAGAACUGGCCCUCAAACGGUUUCAGCAGGCGGCUCGCCAGAUAGUGAUCCGGUGUCGCAUGAACCCGAGACUGGCCGCCUUAAAGACACUGACGGACAGCUUGAAGAACCCCCCGCCAGUGCAGAAAGCUGAGACGCCCGUCAUUAAACUUACCAUGGACCCAAUUUUUCCACGGUCUUUUACCAUUGUCUCUGACGAGGCUCCCGAGAAUUUGGAUGAAUUUGAAGUGCCAUUGGAGGUGAAGGUGACGAGACGCGUUCCUUUCUUGAAGCUUGAAGUUCCCCAGCGCUACAAGUUGAUGGGUUACGAACCCGUGUCGUCCUUGGAUGCAUUUGAGAACUACAUCCCUGCAACUCUGGCCAGGCCUCUUCGCUCUGGACCGCCGGAAGAGUUGGAGCCCGUCGACUUGAGAAGAGCGGAGCUGAAAUUAGAAGAUGAAGACAAGUUCUCCUUCAAAGCUCCUGACGCUCUACUGAGACCGUUCCCAGCAAACCCUCUCAGGAUCUUUAACCCAGCCCCGGGUCUUCAAACCUACAAACCAACACCUAAAUACCUCGAGUGCGAUCCAGACUUCCACUUCUGCCCUAUACCCAAGUACAAGUACCCUGAACCCGAGACGAGCACCUCGAGGAGAGUGAGGACAGUUCAGACGUUCCUUGAUCUGGAGGUAAUUUCCUUCCAAGGUUCGUCGACUACAACCCUCAUCUUCUCCCGGUCCUACCCGCUCCUCCUCCCGCCGCCCUUCCACCUCCUGCGGGGAACCCGUAAGAACGCCGUUCACACAGCCGAGCGUCUCCUCGGCUCCCAGGUGAUCCGUGUUUCAACUCUCCACAGGCGCCCACUGGUCCAGCGUGGAGCAGCUCUGGUCUCCCAUAGCAACGCCACCAGGCAGGUCCGCUGCACGAACCCUACCCCCAACCCAGGCCUCCAGCUACGCCCUCCGUCCACCGAGGGUUUCGAGUAUGGAGAGUAUUAUGUGGGCGAUGGGUCCAGGGUUCCUGUCAGAGGCCGGGGCUAG